AUGAACUUGGCCGAGAUCUGCGACAACGCCAAGAAAGGGCGCGAGUAUGCCCUCCUGGGGAACUACGACUCGUCCAUGGUGUACUACCAGGGGGUCAUCCAGCAGAUCCAGCGGCACUGCCAGGCGGUCAGGGACCCCGCCCUCAAAGGCAAGUGGCAUCAGGUUCAGCAGGAGUUACUGGAAGAAUAUGAACAAGUUAAAAGCAUUGUCAGCACUUUAGAAAGUUUUAAAAUCGACAAGCCCCCCGAAUUUCCUGUGUCCUAUCAAGACGAGCCCUUCCGGGACCCAGCAGUGUGGCCUCCGCCUGUUCCAGCUGAGCACAGAGCUCCACCUCAGAUCAGGCGACCCAAUCGUGAAGUGAGACCCCUAAGGAAGGAGACCCCAGGACCAGGAGGCCGUGGGCCUGUGGGCCGUGCUCACCCAACAUCCAGGAGUGAAAAGCCUGCCUCUAGUCGGGAUAAGGAUUACAGAGGCCGAGGGAGAGAUGACAAGGGAAGGAAAAAUAUGCAAGAUGGCACAAGUGAUGGUGAAAUCCCCAGGUUUGACGGCACAGGCUACGACAAAGACUUGGUGGAGGCUCUCGAGAGGGAUAUCGUGUCCAGGAACCCAAGCAUCCAUUGGGAUGACAUAGCUGACUUGGAAGAAGCUAAGAAGUUACUCAGGGAAGCUGUUGUUCUUCCAAUGUGGAUGCCUGACUUUUUCAAAGGGAUUCGCAGACCUUGGAAGGGUGUGCUGAUGGUUGGACCACCAGGCACUGGUAAGACUAUGCUAGCUAAGGCUGUUGCCACAGAGUGUGGGACAACGUUCUUCAACGUUUCCUCUUCUACACUGACGUCCAAGUACAGAGGCGAAUCUGAGAAGUUAGUCCGUCUGUUAUUUGAAAUGGCUCGGUUUUAUGCCCCCACCACAAUUUUCAUUGACGAGAUAGACUCUAUCUGCAGCCGGAGAGGAACCUCUGAUGAACACGAGGCAAGCCGAAGGGUGAAGUCGGAGCUGCUCAUCCAGAUGGAUGGAGUUGGAGGAGCCUUAGAAAAUGACGAUCCGUCCAAAAUGGUCAUGGUAUUGGCUGCUACUAAUUUCCCAUGGGACAUUGACGAAGCUUUGCGAAGGAGAUUAGAGAAAAGGAUAUAUAUACCUCUCCCAACAGCCCAGGGAAGAGCUGAGCUCCUGAGGAUCAACCUCCGUGAGGUCGAGUUAGACCCAGACGUCCGCCUAGAGGACAUUGCUGAGAAGAUUGAGGGCUACUCUGGGGCCGACAUCACCAACGUGUGCAGGGACGCUUCCUUGAUGGCCAUGAGGCGGCGAAUCAAUGGGCUGAGCCCUGAGGAGAUCCGCGCCCUGUCCAAGGAAGAGCUGCAGAUGCCGGUCACCACAGGGGACUUCGAGCUGGCCCUGAAGAAGAUUGCCAAGUCUGUGUCCGCCGCGGACCUGGAGAAGUAUGAGAAGUGGAUGGUGGAGUUUGGAUCUGCUUGA